AUGGCAGGGCGGGACAGCCCUCUCGACGAGCCCCUCCUCGCUCCGGGCAAGGACGGCGACGAGGAUGCCGCGAGCAUGGAGGCGCAGCACCUCCUCCGUCGCGACAAGGGCGCCUCCUUCUCCCGGAGCUGCCUCAACCUCAGCAACGUGAUCUCAGGCGUCGGGGUGCUGUCCGUGCCGUACGCGCUGGCGCAGGGCGGCUGGCUCAGCCUGGCGCUCUUCGCCCUCGUCGGCGCCGUCUGCUACUACACCGGCGAGCUCGUCGCCCGCUGCAUGCGCGCCGGCGGCGACGCCGUCAGGAGCUACCCGGACAUCGGCCAGCUCGCGUUCGGCCGCCGCGGCCGGAAGGCAAUCGGCGCCGUCAUGUACGCCGAGCUCUACCUCGUCGCCAUCAGCUUCCUCAUCCUCGAGGGCGACAACCUCGACAAGCUGCUCCCCGGCACGAGCGUCGGCCUCCCCGGCGGCUACCUCCUGCGAGGGAGGCAGCUCUUCACGCUCGUCGCGACCGUCGUCAUACUCCCGACGACGUGGCUGAGGGACCUCAGCGUGCUCGCCUACGUGUCGGCGGUCGGGCUCGUCGCGUCGGCGGCCCUGACGGCGUCUCUGGCCUGGGCCGGCGUGGCCGAGCACGGCUUCCACGCCAGGGGAGGCAACGUCUUCAGCCUCGCCGGGCUGCCCACGUCGCUGAGCUUGUACUUCGUCUGCUUCUCCGGCCACGGCGUCUUCCCGACGGUGUACACCUCGAUGAGGAACAAGAAAAACUUCACCAAGGUCCUGCUGGCCUCCUCGCUGCUCUGCAGCCUCAACUACACGCUGACGGCGGUUCUAGGGUACUUGAUCUACGGGGACGACGUGAAGUCACUGGUGACACUGAACCUCCCCUCGGGGAAGGUGUACACGAGGGUUGCGAUCCUGACGACCCUGAUCACCCCGCUCGCCAAGUACGCGCUCGUCAUCCAGCCCAUCACGACGGGGGUAGAGGAGAAGCUGUCGCUCGGCAGUCAGGGCAGCCUCCCCAGGGCGGCCAUCAGCACUGCCGUCCUCGUCAGCACGGUGGUGGCGGCGUGCACGAUGCCCUUCUUCGGCUACCUCAUGUCCUUCAUCGGGUCCUCGCUCAACGUCACGGUGGCCGUCCUGUUCCCGUGCCUGAGCUACCUCAGGAUCUACGUGCCCAGAGGAGGCGUCCGCGGCGCCGAGGUCGCGGCGAUCGUCGGCAUACUGGUGGUCGGAGUGUGCGUCGCCGUCGUGGGGACUUACACCUCCCUGCACCAGAUUGCGGGCACAUUUUGA